CUAUUUACCCAUAGUGUAGUUUCAGUUCGGAAUGUUUAGAUCCAAGCAACGUCUUCCUGUACGCAGUAGCUAGACAUAAACAGAGAUGCAAGAGAGAAAGGAAAAUGUGAUUACUUUGUAUGGAAGUAUUUUUUAUUUAAUUUUAACAUUUUAACGAAUACUCAGACAUUUCUUUUUUUAUUUUAUUUAUUAUUUUGCUGACGGGACAAUAGCUAUUUCAAUGGAAACCCAGUUGCAAAGCAUAUUUGAGGAGGUGGUUAAAACGGAGAUCAUAGAGGAGGCCUUUGCUGGCUUGUUCAUGGACACACCUGAAGAUGAGAGGACAAAGCUGAUCAGUUGUCUUGGAGCAUUUCGACAGUACUGGAGCACUCUUCCUCAGGAAUCCCACGACCAGUGCGUGCAGUGGAUAGUUCGAUUCAUUCAUGGCCAGCAUAGUCCGAAAAGAAUAUCCUUCCUUUACGACUGCCUGGCAAUGGCUGUGGAAACAGGCCUCUUGCCACCAAGGAUGGUGUGUGAGGCUCUGAUCAACUCUGACAAUCUGGAGUGGGAAAGAACACAGCUGUGGGCCUUGACAUUUAGACUAAUUCGGAAAAUAAUUGGUGGUGUUGAUUAUAAGGGGGUUCGUGAUCUUUUAAAAGCCUUGUUGGAGAAGAUUCAAUCUAUUCCCAAAACAGUGAGCUCUGCUGUUGUGCAGCAGCUUCUAGCAGCUCGAGAAGUUGUUGAGUACAUCCUGGAUAGAAAUGCUUGUCUUUUGCCAGCCUAUUUUGCUAUUACAGAGAUCAGAAAGCUCUAUCCUGAAGGAAAACUGUCACACUGGUUGCUGGGAAACCUUAUAUCAGAUUUUGUUGACAGCUUUAGAGCAACUGCAAGAAUUAACUCCAUUUGCGGGAGAUGUAGUCUGUUACCUGUGGUAAACAACUCUGGUGCAAUCUGUAAUUCAUGGAAAUUAGAUCCAACGACUCUUCGUUUCCCUCUGAGAGGGCUUCUGCCUUAUGAUAAGGAUCUCUUUGAGCCACAAACGGGUUUGUUAAGAUAUGUGCUGGAACAGCCAUAUUCAAGAGAUAUGGUCUGCAACAUGCUAGGUCUCAACAAACAGACCUUGAACAUUGCUCAGCACAAACAGCGCUGCCCAGUGCUUGAGGACCAGCUGGUUGACCUGGUGGUGUACGCUAUGGAGCGCUCGGAAACCGAGGAGCAGUUUGAUGAUGGAGGAACCAGCCAGCUGCUCUGGCAACACCUCUCCAGCCAGCUCAUCUUCUUUGUGCUAUUUCAGUUUGCCAGCUUUCCACACAUGGUUCUGUCCCUACAUCAAAAGUUGGCUGGUCGAGGUCUCAUUAAAGGCAGGGACCACCUGAUGUGGGUACUUCUGCAGUUUAUUUCUGGCAGCAUCCAGAAGAAUGCAUUGGCAGACUUUCUUCCUGUCAUGAAACUUUUUGAUCUUUUAUACCCAGAGAAAGAGUGCAUUCCAGUGCCUGACAUUAACAAGCCCCAAUCCACGCAUGCCUUUGCCAUGACUUGUAUCUGGAUUCAUCUCAAUAGGAAGGCCCAGAAUGACAACUCCAAACUUCAGAUACCAAUUCCUCACUCUCUUAAGCUUCACCACGAAUUUUUACAGCAAAGUCUCAGAAAUAAGAGCCUUCAGAUGACAGACUACAAGAUUGCUCUUCUGUGUAAUGCUUACUCCACUAACUCUGAGUGCUUCACAUUGCCUAUGGGGGUUCUGGUAGAGACCAUCUAUGGAAAUGGCAACAUGAGGAUCCCUCUUCCUGGGACAAACUGCAUGGCAUCUGGAUCAAUUUCCCCUCUGCCAAUGAGCCUGCUGGAUUCACUGACCGUGCAUGCCAAAAUGAGUCUUAUACACAGUAUAGCCACAAGAGUCAUCAAAUUGGCCCAUGCUAAGUCCAGCAUUGCCCUGGCUCCUGCACUGGUGGAAACAUACAGCCGGCUGUUGGUUUACAUGGAAAUCGAAUCCCUGGGGAUCAAAGGUUUUAUUAGCCAGCUUCUUCCCAAUGUGUUCAAGUCCCAUGCCUGGGGCAUACUGCACACACUGCUUGAGAUGUUCAGUUAUCGCAUGCACCACAUCCAGCCCCACUACAGGGUCCAGCUCCUCAGCCAUCUUCACUCUCUUGCUGCUGUUCCACAGACAAACCAAAACCAGCUGCAUCUUUGUGUGGAGAGCACAGCUCUGAGGUUGAUCACUGCCCUUGGAAACUCAGAGGUCCAGCCACAGUUCACACGUUUCCUCAGUGACCCUAAAACUGUGCUUUCAGCAGAGUCUGAGGAACUCAACCGAGCUCUGAUUCUCACACUGGCUAGAGCAACACAUGUAACAGAUUUUUUUACAGGCUCUGAUUCCAUACAAGGCACUUGGUGUAAGGAUAUAUUGCAGACUAUCAUGACCUUUACUCCCCACAACUGGGCUUCCCACACUCUCAGCUGCUUCCCAGCUCCACUGCAGGCUUUCUUCAAACAGAACAACGUCCCUCAGGAAAGCCGCUUUAACCUGAAGAAGAAUGUGGAAGAGGAAUACAGGAAGUGGAAAUCUAUGACCAUUGAGAAUGACAUCAUCACCCAUUUCUCCAUGCAAGGCUCCCCUCCCCUCUUCCUCUGCCUGCUCUGGAAGAUGCUGCUUGAGACGGAUCACAUUAACCAGACCGGUUACAGAGUGCUGAAGAGGAUUGGGGCUCGGGCUUUGGUGGCUCAUGUCCGGACAUUCGCUGACUUCCUUGUGUACGAGUUCUCCACUUCAGCUGGGGGCCAGCAACUGAAUAAAUGCAUUGAGAUACUCAAUGACAUGGUCUGGAAAUACAAUAUCGUCACAUUAGACAGACUGAUUUUGUGUUUGGCAAUGAGAAGCCAUGAAGGGAAUGAAGCCCAGGUCUGCUACUUCAUCAUCCAGCUGCUGUUACUGAAGCCCAAUGACUUCAGGAACCGUGUGAGCGACUUUGUGAAGGAAAACUUCCCAGAACACUGGAUGCAGAAUGACUGGCAUACUAAACACAUGAACUAUCACAAGAAGUACCCUGAGAAACUGUAUUUCGAAGGCCUAGCAGAACAGGUGAGCCCACCUGUGCAGAUCCAGCCCCACCACCUCCCCAUCUACUUUGGAAACGUCUGUCUUCGCUUCCUGCCUGUGUUCGACAUCGUCAUCCACCGGUUCCUGGAGCUCCUUCCAGUGUCCAAGUCUUUGGAGACACUCUUGGAUCAUUUGGGAGGCUUGUACAAAUUUCAUGACCGUCCCGUGACAUAUCUCUACAACACUCUUCACUACUACGAGAAACAUCUUCGUGAUCGAACCAACUUAAAACGCAAGCUUGUCCAUGCCAUCAUCAGCUCACUGAAGGAAAACCGUACACAAGGCUGGUGCCUCAGUGAGACGUACCUAAAAUGUGCAAUGAAUGCACGAGAGGACAACCCGUGGAUUCCCGAUGACACCUACUACUGCAAGCUCAUUGGCCGAUUAGUAGAUACAAUGGCUGGAAAAUCACCCGGCCCUUUCCCUAACUGCGACUGGAGGUUCAAUGAGUUUCCUAACCCUGCAGCACAUGCUCUCCAUGUGACCUGUGUGGAGCUCAUGGCUUUGGCUGUGCCAGGGAAAGAUGUUGGAAAUGCACUUCUCAAUGUUGUGCUAAAGAGCCAACCUUUGGUACCCAGGGAGAAUAUUACUGCAUGGAUGAAUGCAAUUGGACUUGUAAUCACUGCCUUACCUGAGCCUUACUGGAUUGUUCUCCACGAUUGCGUUUUGAAUGUCGUCAACAGCCCUACUCUGACAUCAGAAACUCAGUGGGUCGGGUACCUAUUCCAGCUGUUUGAUUUCACAGCCUGUCACCAGUCAUACUCUGAGAUGUACUGUAGCUAUGUCCUAGCUUUGGCUCAUGCAGUGUGGCAUCAUUCAAGCAUAGGACAGCUCUCUCUCAUUCCAAAGUUUUUGUCGGAGGUGCUAAAACCAAUUGUGAAGACAGAGUUCCAGCUGCUGUAUGUGUACCACCUUGUGGGACCAUUUCUACAGAGGUUUCAGCAGGAGAGGAUAAGAUGUAUGCUAGAGAUAGGGGUGGCUUUUUAUGAGAUGCUCCAAAAUGUUGACCACUACAACAAACACUUGAAUUACAUGGACCCCAUCUGUGAUUUUCUUUAUCAUGUGAAGUACAUGUUUACAGGAGACGGCAUCAAAGAACAAGUGGAAAAAAUUAUUUGCAACCUGAGACCAGCAGUGAAGCUUCGCCUGCGGUUUAUAACCCACAUCAGCAAAAUGGAGCCAGCUGCUGCCUCUCAGCCAGCUAGUGUUGCAUCCCCAGCACCCCAACCCCAUCCAGGGACUGUUAAUGUGCCCCUGACAGCAUCACAGUAGUAAUCUGAAACAUACAAUGAGAUACAGAGGAAAGACAGUAGCCUGAAAAACACAGCAGUAUAAUGAACUUGCCAUUCGCUUUUUUUUUAACUGUACAUAAAUAGGAGUGCAAUGAACAAUGCAAUGUACCCAAGAAAGGACAUCAUUUGUACUUCAGAUAUCAACAGCUACUGACUGUACUGAUAGACAUAAAAAGCAUCUUGCUUGUCAAUCUGGUCUAAAGGUUGAUUAGACAAGGAUCUGUUUGUAUCAAAUGCAAUUGUAUGUAUGUAUGUAUAUAUUUGCAUAUGUGUUAGAAAUCUCUAGCUUUUAGUCUUAAAUCCGAAAGGUAGUGUUUUAAAAAUUCAAGAUGAUUGCUUCUCUGAAAUUCGUAAUAAGAAUGGUGGUAUAAUAGUGCUUUUUCUGGGGGGGGAAGUGUGAUAACUAUGCUGAGACUAAAAGGAUAUGGUGUCUUUUGGUUAUUCAAACUUGUGUAAUUUUUUAAAGAGGUUUCAUUUUCUUGUAACAGUAGGAUAGCGUGUGCCUUGAAACAAAUAUUUUCCAGUAAUUUUGACAGUAAUGUAUCACAGCUGAUUCUGUGUAUCAUAAAAAGCUUUUUUCCAAAAA